AUGAGCGGCCCAAUCCUCGCCUCGCCUCUUUCGGCAACCAUCGAAGUGUAUCAUCCAUUCUCUCAUUCCACAGCAGACGCCUCUAAAGGUUGGCGUUCUAACUCAGUAUCUUCCAAGAUCUCACCUAUGCAUACCAUCGAAGAAGAGACAAGCGACCAGAGAGAGGAUGCCGCUUCUCUAUCGUCCAAUCCGGCAACAGAGCUCGGUGAGCACAACUUCCCACAAUCCCAUAAAAGCCAGCACACAGUCGCUCCUGAGAUUGCAGAAUACGUUGCGACAAUUCGUGCCGCAAUCCAGGUGGUGGCAGAAAGUUCCCUAAGCCAGAAGAUCGAGGUAGGCGAACAGGAACAAGAAGACAAGUUGGCAUUCCAAUCCAAGGCUGGCCUGAACGCUAAGAGAAGCUCGUUGAUACUGUUGAAAGACAAAACCAGAGACAGCAUGUCGAACGUUGUCACCAGGGGGAAGAGAGUGUCCAAGAUUUUCACGGGAGUGUUCGAAAAGAAUAAUCAGCCAGGCCCUCAGAGGCUCCCGCCGGCGCCGAUGGACAGAGAAAGAGGAUCAAAGCCAUACAGUGGGCGGUACGUCUUCGUCAACAGCACCGCCGAUAAAUUGACCAGAAGCCGCGAUGAGAUUUUCACCAUAUCCUCCCACGUGUCCAAGACGCACCGUAAAUGGUUGAAAGAUGAACGGCUGAAACAGUUAAAUGCGUCUGCUGGCAAGGCUGUUGCACAACGGCCUAUACCUCCUCCUCAGAUCCACCUUGGCGAGACACGUGGGCGGUUGCCAUUUCCAUCCCUGCACCAAGAUGCUGCGUCCACGGCCGCUGGGUCCAGUCGAUUGCCCCACCAGCAGACAUGGCCAUCCUUACUCUGUGCGAGGUCCGAUCAGAUCCCAAGCAAUGGCAUGAUCCGAUAUUCUAGGGACAUCAUGAGUAGUCAGCACUUUGACUCUUUUGAGGGAUGCCAAGAGAACGAUGACCAAGAACGAUCAAGCCGCUGGAAAGAGUACCCACGGGGACCCAGACAACUGUCGUUGAUGCUGUGGAAGGGCAACUCUGAUCCUUUUCAAGCAGCCGCUGUGCAAUUAGCGCCUUGGGACUAUGAAAUCAUCCGCCAGGCUCAGCGGUUUCCGGUCUUUGCAGCAUGGCCGGAUAACGCCAGUGCAGUCUUCAGGGCACCAAUCGCAGAUACGACCAACUCUCGCAUCCAACUUCCGCAGGCUAUAGCUGAUGAAGCAGAAAUCCAUUCUAUCCUUGCUUCAGGGUACCACGUGGCUGCCGGCUGUUCAUGGACAAAGUCCGAAGUGUUCUUUGGGCGAGUGCUAGCGCACAAGACCCGAUCAAUAGCACUCCUACGACAGAAGCUGUUGAAAGAUGGGUUCUCGGAAGGCAUCACCACUGUCAUCCGUCUGCUGAUUUCUCUAGAGUUUGAGACCGGUAAUGUUCUAGCUUCGCUGGUCCAUUUGCGUGCGCUGUGGGCUAUGUCUUCGUCCAUGCCUGAGAUACUGCCUGACGCUCAGGAGCUUCUGAUUGUUAGCGAUGUCUGGAUUGCACUGUCAUUGUUGAAGAGACCUCAGAUAUCCCCUUCACGCUAUGACCCUGGUGGCCGUUCCCUGCAGACAUUCGACACCGCUUUUCGGCUACUUGAGAGCGAGGGCACCGAUCCUUACCUCGGCAAGACAAACCGGGCCGCAGAGUCUGUGCUUGAUGCUAGAACAUGGGGCUUGCUGGAUGCCGCCCAUGAAAUUGUGAACACCAAAGCCAUCAUGGACAAGAUCAAGGCUGCCACGAUCCAGCAAGAGGUUGUGUGGUGGAUGCACCGACGCGCCACAGCAGUUUCCGGGUUGCUCCUUACCGGAUAUGUUGAUAACACGGAAUGUACAGAAAUUUCAAAUCCUGCAAAAGGUCUCAACGUCAAAAGAGACCUCGUGGCUGCUGCAUGUUUGUGUGGAAUCUUGUUCAUGAACUUGAGGUUCGUGGACUCGCCCAGCAAUUACAACUUCAGCAAGACAUUUCGACAGAUUGAGCCUAUCUUACGAAUGGCUUCGCAAGUGUCCAGAGAAGUUGACAAGCAGGAACACGGGGUGACUUAUCUGUGGUUACUGUUCAUGUGUGCCAUGGGCAGUGAUGUUUACGCUGCAAGGGGAGACAUUCCAUACUCCGGUUGGCCUGCUCGAGAAUUCUGCCGUCUGUGUGCACGAUUCGAUCUCAAAGACGAAGGUGCCAUUGCGGCCACCCUCGGCCAACUCCACUAUUAUCCCCAGAUGGACGAUUUUAUCAAGGCUCUUCGUUCGUUUACAGGCGAGUCACUGGAUAUGCCCCUCAUAUCGUGGUCGAAGUGGUGCGACAUUCUUAACCACUACCAGCCUUGA